CCGUAGUCUCGCGUCAUCACGUCUGGUAUCGCGAUGCUUGCGCCGACAUUUCGUGCAGCAGCAGCAGCCUACAGACAGAGAGGAGAGGAGAAGAGAAGAGAAGGAGCUCCGUUCAUGAGUUAAACCUCAGUGUGUUUAUUCACAGAUUUCUCGAUGGCGGACUGUGUCUCUAAGGUGGAGCUGAGUGUCUCCUGUACUGAACUGCUGGAUAAAGAUGUUGGAUCUAAGUCUGAUCCUCUGUGUGUGCUGCUGCAGAGCUCAGGAGGAGACAAAUGGACCGAGCUGGGUCGUACCGAGCGUUUGAAGAACACCUCCAGUCCGUCCUUCAGUCAGCGUCUCAGACUGGAUUAUCACUUUGAAACGGUGCAGAAACUGAAGCUGGGGGUCUACGAUAUCGACAACUCCAGCUCUGACCUGGGUGAUGAUGACUACCUGGGAGGGGUGGAGCUAACACUGGGACAGAUAGUUUCCAGUAAAACUCUGACCAGACCUCUGCAGCUGAAGAAAGGCAAACCUGCAGGGAAAGGAAGCAUCACUGUCACAGCAGAGGAGAUAAAGGACAACAGAGCCAUUCAGUUGGAGUUUGAGGCUAAAAACCUGGACAAGAAGGAUACAUUUGGGAAGUCUGAUCCAUUCCUGGAGUUUUUUAAGAAAGGAGACGAUGGAAAGUGGCAGCUGGUCCACAGAACAGAGGUGGUGAAGAACAAUCUGAGUCCGUCCUGGAAGAAGUUCACUGUUCCUCUGCAGACGUUCUGCGGCAGCGACCUCGACAGACCGCUGAAGGUGGAUUGCUCUGAUCAUGACAGUGAUGGAUCUCAUGAUCUGAUUGGUUCUUUCACCACUAAAGUCUCUGAGCUGCAGAAAGCUGCAGGUGGUUCAGCGGUGUCGUUCGACUGCAUCCACCCUGAGAAACAGAAGAAAAAGAAGAGCUACAAGAACUCUGGAGUCGUCUCUCUGAAGAACUGCAAGCUGUUGACUCAGUACUCCUUCCUGGACUAUGUGAUGGGCGGCUGCCAAAUCAACUUCACCGUUGGGGUCGACUUCACCGGCUCUAAUGGUGACCCUCGCUCACCCGAAUCCCUCCACUACAUGAGUCCAGAAGGGUUGAACCAGUACCUGUCAGCGCUGUGGUCUGUGGGCAACGUGGUCCAGGACUACGACACUGAUAAACUCUUCCCAGCGUUCGGAUUUGGAGCCAAACUUCCUCCAGACUUCAAGGCUGCACACCAUGAGUUUGCCCUCAACUUCAACCCCACUAACCCCUACUGCCAAGGUAUUCAGGGGAUCAUUGAGGCCUACAGGAUGGUUUUGCCUCAGCUGAGACUCUCUGGACCCACCAACUUCUCUCCCCUCAUCAAUCACGUCGCUUCCAUCGCCUCCCAAGGCGCGCAGAGCAACAACGCCUCUCAAUACUUUGUCCUCCUCAUCCUCACUGACGGUGAGAUCACAGACUUGGAUCAAACCCGGGACGCCAUCGUUAGGGCAUCUCGGCUGCCGCUGUCAAUCAUCAUCGUGGGGGUGGGGCCGGCAGACUUUAAGGCCAUGGAGCUUCUGGAUGGAGACGACGGCGUGCUGAGGUCGACUACGGGGGAGGCCGUCACCAGGGACAUUGUCCAGUUCGUCCCGUACAGGCAGUUCAAAGAUACUCCACAGUCGGCUCUGGCUCAGUCUGUCCUCGCCGAGGUUCCCAACCAGCUGGUCUCUUAUUUCAAAAUGAGAGGCUUCGACCCACCUAAACCAGCUAAAGCCGCCCCCACACCCACCCCCAAAGAAUAAACACCACCCCUGCACUCCCCAAACCCUCCCUUAAAGGCCCACCCGCAUCUCAUUCCAGGAUCAGACCACCCACAAAGUCGACCACCCUUCAGGGGACCAACCUGAUGUGUUGCUAGAAUCUCAGCCAAUCACAAUGCAGCAUUCAGCUGUCAGCCAAUCAGGAUGCCAUGGGCAACCCUUCCCAGUUUUUUUUUUAAUCCAGAUUUAUAAUAUCUUUUGUUUUCUUAUUUUUCUCCUCACUAAGUGGAUUGAUAAUGAUGUAGUAUAGAUGAUGGAUUAUUGAUUCCUUCUGCUGCUUCCACACUAACUAUGCAAAUAACAUGCCUUUACUAACAUAUGUUUAACAAUCACAGUGCCGCACACACAUACGGACACAGACUCUGUUUCCAUUAUCGUUGCCAUAGUAACAGAAAAAGGUCACUGAUCUCCCGAGAGCUGAACCUGUUGAGUAAAAACUGUAUUGUAAGUUCUCCGUUCAAUACAGUGAGAGUUUUAUCACAGCAGCAUCUAGUGGACAUUAGGGGAACUGCAGCUGCAGGUACCUCACCGUAACCAGUGGUGUCCAUGUUACCAUGACGGCACCCUGGACCAGCUCUGUAUGUGUGUGUGUGUGUGUGUGGCUCUGAUUAGCUUUAUUGAUCAGGUAUCAAAACUUAGCACUUUGCUCUUGCACAAAAUGCUGGAAUAUUGUAUCAUGAAUGAUAUUAUAUACUCUUUAUCAUAGCUUUACUACUAUAGCCUUAUUAUAAAACUUUACUACAGCUUUACUGUAGUCUUUAGUGUAGCCUGUGUGACCUUAGCAUGCUGCUUCCAGACUGUUCUGGCACGACUCUCAGUGGUUUGUUGAUACCGCCGUCUUGGCUCCCAGCGCAGAACUCAUUUCUACCUUCAAGCCGUGUUCAACCUUCUUAAAACGGCCCGACUCUUGUUUGGCCCGUUAACACACCAAACUUGAUCACCUCAGUAUUGCACACAGGUCAGGCAGCGCAUCACGUCAUCAUCAGUUAAUCGUUCAUCCUGAAUUAACCCUAUCAAAUGUGGAAAGCAUAAUUUGGGUAUCAGUCAGCAGAGUCACCAAUUCAUCUCCCUGUAACGUCUAUAAACGUAUAUCUGCAUAUGAAUGUAGAAUCUGUCGGCAGCGGGACAAGAUUUUGGUAUCGGAAGCGUUCUGGUUUCCAUUUGCAUUUGGAAGUCGUAACCGUGGUAACCCUCCAUCCCACAUGACCUGAGCAUCACACUGAGAGUCUGUCUGAACAGCUGCUCCGUUUCUUUACCAAAGACUGUCCUCUGAAUGCUGGAAUGACCUGAACACACACUUAGUGUCAAAAUGUGUCAAAACUCCUGUUUACUGCAGCAAAGCCACAGUUAAUGUAACAUUAUUAAAGAGUCAUUGCCAACGUUUCAUCUGCACUUAGAAUUAACUUGAUACCACUUUUUCAACCACUAAAAUCACCACCACCUUUGCUGUGGAUGUUUUUUUAUUUUCAGGGUCCAUUUUAUUGAAGUGAAAUAUUUGUUUAUUUUUGUAGCGCUGACAUUUGUUUUAACUUUAGCAAAUGAGUUAAUUCUUCGUGUUUGGGAACAGAAUAAUAACACUUGAAAGCUAGAAAAUAACAGUACGUUGAAGUGAGUGAAGAUUAUUUUGUCAGACAUAUCCGUGGAGUAUUUUUAGUUGAAGCAGUGUUUUAUGUUUCCAGUUGUUUGUCCUCCGUCUGCCCUCUGAGGUGCCAACAGUGUCUGCUGCUUCACACUUUGUGUUUGGUUGUUUUGGAUCAAAGUUGUUCCACUUUUCUAUCAAGAAAACAACAGAAACCGUCACCUGCUCACAGACUCCUGUUAACCUCCUACAGUAGCCAAUGAGGGACAGGAGUCGGAGGAAAUAAAGUGUGAACAGGGUGAGAUGAAGACAAAAAUAUUAGAGCAUCUUCUACUCGUCUUUAAUUUCUCAAACAUCUCCUGAGUUUUCAGAGAAGUUCUGAAUCGGAGGCUCGGACUCUUAACAGCUUUACAUGUUUUGACAAAAUCAGUUUAUCAGAAAGAAGAGAGGAUCAUCUUCUCAAUUCAUUUUGACCCUGGAAACAGUAGUUAGUAGACAAAAAGCAAGAGAUGUACUUGAAACUUCCAUAUAAACUAAUUAAAUGGACCAUGAAUUCCUAUUGUUUUGUUUGUUUCAAACUGCAGCAGAUUCUGUAGAUUGAAGUUUGUCCCCGUCAGGCUGCCAUGAUAUCUUCUUUAUUUCUUUUCCUCUUCGUUGCCAGAAACUUGUUUUAUGUGUGUUUUCUAGUUGAAGGGAAUAUUUGUUUUCACAUGUGGUUUAAAGUGUUAAAAUAAUUUUUUCUAAUGUUAGAAACCUCAGCCAAAAAUCAGCAGUUUCCAUUUUAAGCAGACUGUUAAUGAAGCAAUGUGAAUCACAAACAAAAAUCAUUAUAGAAAUCUGAUCUGAGUUCAGCCGAACAUGCUGUAUUGUCACCGCAACCCUGGCUGCAUGGUCACAUGGUGCUGUAAUGUCAUUAAGUAAAGGAGAAGGGUUGUACAAAU